AUGAGUACCAGAUAUUCAUCUUCUCUCAAAUUCUUGUUCCUAUCGAUACUUGUGGUGAAUUUCUCUCUUUCCGUUUCGAAAUCGUUCGCUUUCCAAUCGGAUGAGCUUCUUGCGGAUGACGAAGAAUUCGGAAUCGAAGGUGGCCGAUCCGCUGACCCAGCCGUCCUGACCCGAACUAUUUCUUCACCUCCGGCGAUCCGGAAGCGUUCAUCGGAUUUGGGUUCUGAUACGGACUCCAAAAUCCAAUUUUCCCUUGAACACGCUUUCGGCGACUCCGAUUUCUCGUCCGCCGGUACUUUCUCUGCUCGCCUCAAAACGUGGUCUCAUGGUGGUCAGACACUUACAAAGCUUCGGUUCUCGAGGAAUGGCCUUAGUGAGACAGAGAAGGAGAAUUUAAAAAAACUAUUGGAAGGUGACGACUUCUAUAGAAUAAGAGUACCAUCCAACGUGUUUACUCCACCUGGCAGAGAGUACAUUGUCUCAUCAGUGAAGGCAAGAUGUCUUCCACGGGAUGGUCUGGAUGAGCAUUUCAUGAUACACAUGGAAGGUGUGAAUAUUUUGGCUAUUAACUAUGGUUCUCCAGGAUCAUGCCCGUAUCCACGACAAUUGAAAAUUCCUGCGAAGUGGUCUUUUAAGUCCCAUACAGUCUUGAAGAACGGUGAACAGGCCCCAAGAACUCCAGUAUUUACUGAAGAAGUAGUUGGGGAGAAUGGAGAGGGUGAAGUGCCGCCUCCCGAGAGGCCCUUCUGGGCUAAAUAUUGGAUGUACUUGAUCCCUCUUGGGCUUAUUGUCAUGAAUGCCAUCACCCAAGCCAUGAACAUGGCUGAAGAACAGGGUAAUGGGCAACCUGGCACUCAAACGCAGCAGGCAGUGGCAGGAGCUCAACGUGGUCAGCCUACUGCAGUGCGAAGAAGAUAA